UUUAAUAGUUAUGAUUUAGCGGAUCCUAGGUCAAUUUCCUUGGAAUCGCACUACAUUCAGUCAAACGUCCUGUACAGCGAAACCGCUUCAGACGUCACCGCGUCACAUUAAAAACGCCUGACACGCGCAAAUUAAUUGAUAUAUCACUCGAUUGCGGCAGCCAAGCGGGCUCGUUCCGCGAUUGACAAGCCGGACGCGUUCGGAUCUCGGUCUAUAAGCGGAUAAUGUUGUAACAGUUGGGUUUUAAUUUUUUUGUGAAAAUGUGGAGGAUUUGGUGUGCUCUUUUAUUCCUUUUUACAACAUUUCGUUCAGCAUGCUACGGCCAGACAGAGAAUUUCACAACUCGAGCCCCAUACCCCAUCUACCUUCCCCUCCGUUGCUCCUCACCAAGACCUGGAGACGUAGACCUCCAAGGCAUAGAUCUGAUAGCCGUAUAUCAGCUGGAUGGGCCCAAUACCACGGGAGUAACUCAGGUCCGAGGGUCUCAGGACAUGCAGAGGGCCUAUAGGAUCAGCGAUGGGGCCAACCUGACCAUUCCUUUGAGAAAAGUUUUCCCAUCCGGCCUGCCUGAGCAGUUCAGCGUGGUAGCCACCUUCAACGCCCGAAACCAGAAUAAGCCCUGGAUGGUUGUACGCGCGGCGAAGAGUCUGCAGUUCUCUCUGACUUUACUGCCACGAAUUGAGAAGUUAGCUGUUCUUGUGGAAGGAACUAGACUGAUCUUUGAAUGUGAGAAGUUGUUCAGACCAGGGUGGCAUAAGCUGCACGUAGCUGUCACAAAUGAUACGGUCCAUGUAGCCGUUGAUUGUGAGGAGCUGGUGCCACAGAAUAUUACGAGCCACAACUUAAGGAAUGCCACGACCCUAUCAAUCAUGGCGCACGAGGAUGGCACCCCGGCUGCUGUAGAUCUCCAGUGGUUGUCAAUGUACUGUAGCCGGUACAAACUGGCCAAAGACAGCUGCGAAGAAAUCGAUGAACCUGCACCCAUUGUAUCUACAGUUUCUCCUCGAUUUUUUCAGUUCGAGGCUGGAGCAGACAGGAUAGAAAUUCCUGCUCUCAACACCUGUAACCAAUCCUGCCCGCCGGGUCCUAUAGGUCCACCUGGGCCACCGGGAGAACCGGGAAUCAGAGGCUUUACAGGUCUACCCGGUGUACGUGGCAUUGAGGGGCCUAUGGGUCCCCCUGGGCCACCGGGGCCUCAAGGCGAGAGGGGCGAGCGGGGACCACCGGGGGAAGUCACAUCAGGAACCGUAGGGAUAGCUGGCCCGCCAGGAAAACCGGGAAAGUCUGGUCGGAAAGGAGAGAGGGGAGACACAGGACAGAAAGGUGAGCCGGGCGAAGCAGGGCUGACGGGUCUAGGCGGCCUUCCAGGAGAACCAGGCAGAGAUGGUAAACGCGGCCCACCGGGUCCUGAGGGGCCUCGCGGGUUCCCGGGGCUCCCUGGACCUCCAGGCACAGUUACUAACAUAAACGCUUCACUACUACAAGGUGCAAAAGGUGAGAGAGGGGCACCAGGCAGACGAGGUCUGGAUGGGAGCCCGGGACCCGCCGGCGCCCCCGGCGCAAAUGGUGCCACGGGCCCACAGGGGCCUCAAGGCCCAGCAGGUGUACCGGGACCUCCGGGUGUGAUAGGUCUCCCGGGGCCAAGCGGACCUCGUGGUGAACGAGGCCAAGAUGGAGCACAGGGUCGGGAAGGCCCACGCGGCCUGCCAGGCCCACCAGGCCCACCGGGCUCCAACGCUGCUCAGGGCACCACCGUCCCUGGACCACCGGGACCACCAGGAGUCACUGGUCAGAAAGGUGAGCAAGGCCUACCGGGCGUGCCCGGAACUCCAGGCAUAGAUGGCAUACCGGGAACCCCAGGGCAGAGAGGACCUCCUGGUCUUCCUGCACCACACAGUUUGAUAUCGCAGGCACCAACAAUAUCCGAAAGUGAAGUAAGAAAUAUUUGCGAAGCCCUUAUAAGAGAUCGUCUUAAGGAAUGGACGCAAGGUCUAGCAGGUCCCCCCGGGCCUCCAGGGGUAGGCAGAAGGGGUCCACCUGGAAAACCUGGAACUGUUGGUGCACCUGGCGCUCGAGGUGAACCUGGAGAGACCGGGCCUCGCGGGUACCCCGGCGAGUCCGGCGACCCCGGUAGGCCGGGCGAGGCCGGACCCCGCGGCGACAAGGGUGAUAAAGGAGAGAGGGGGGCGGAGGGACGCGGUCUACCAGGCGAGGAGGGCCCGAGGGGUAUCGCAGGUGCUGUUGGGCCACCUGGUCCCGCUGGACGAACAGGAGACAGAGGAGAGGCUGGCAGAGAAGGGGCAAUGGGUCCCCGAGGGGUGCCUGGACCGCGUGGCUCCUGCGAUUGCCCCACAGCCGCGUUUUACGCUUACCCACAAGGACUGAACAAAGGCCCAUAAACCCACAACUCCGCAAUGGACCAUAGUAGACAACGUUACUUACCUCGUGCGGUAGAAAAACCACGAAGAAACUUAGAAUUCUGAAAUAGUACCCUUUCAAGUAAAGAAAAGAAGCCUUUAAGAGAGGGCUUUCAGAACAGAAUAAACGUCAAGUAUGCAAUAUGAAUUAAUUAAAAAUAAAUCGACGCUUAAGUCAUUUCAAGUUUCAUAUCAUAUCAUGAUUAUUAUUAAACCCUUUUCGAGGCAUAGUGCGAUUUAUCGACCACAUACACGCCAAUUAAAUUUCAACCUUAUUUCGAGAAAUGUGACUUCACUGAAAGAAAUGUUUGCAUAACUGUAACAAAAUUUUGGUUACUGUUUACACAAAAAUUGGGACUUGCGAACUAUGUGUUAUAUGUUACAAAACCGUGUUUGGCUAUCAGUGUUCAGGUACUGGGUAUACACUACAAAAUAAGUUUGUAAAUUUAUGCAAAGUUUAUUUUCUUAUAACCGUAGUUUAGUUAUUUAGUAAAGUUACAAAACCAGUUCGGCCAUCUAUUUUUUUCAGUGUUGUCUUCAAAUGAAAUAUAUUUGCAUUAUUUGGAAAAUCUUGUAGAUUGGUGAGGCCUGGAAAAGGGUUAACACUAUCCUAAGGUGCGUCCAUAUCUGGCAAACAAGCCGCGAGUGCUAGCUGACUGUGCGCGGAUUGCGCUAGUGAUUUGCGAUUGGCACCAUUUGGCACAAGCGACGUAUUCGCCAAAUGUGGACAGACUUUUAAUAAAUCAAUACAGUACAGGGGGGCUAGCCAAGAUGAAAUGCUAAUAAUGUCUCUCUAUGGCUCUUUCAUAUUAGUGCAACAGAGAGAUUUCGUUCGCUACGGCGCAAAUGAUUGGCAUCUUCUUGGCUAGGCCCCCAGGGCGCAGUGCCUUACUUGUAUGCAUUUUCAAAAUGAUUCGUCUGAUCUCCAGUGUCAUCUUUUGUAAAUAAAUUAAGGUAAACUACUUAAAACUGAUGGCCAUAUGUAAGUGUUUUACCAUUUUAAGCUUGCAGUAAGCCAGUUAAUAAUUAAUAGGUAUUCUAUAUCAAUAAAUAAUAUCAAUUUAGAAUAGUAAAUAUCUACUUUUUUACUAUGAACUUUGUAAUGAUCUGUGUACUUAAUGUAUUAAAUGAAUAUUAAAAAUAAUAU